AUGGGCCGGGCUGCCACCGGGGCCAGGGGCGCGGCGGCGGCGGCGGCAGGGUUUCUCCUGCUGUUGCUGCUGCUGCUCGCGCGGCCCCCGCCCGUCGCCGCCGGCGACCGCAGGAAGAACGACAUGUGGCUUGUGUCCGAGCUCUUCUCGCAAACCCCGCAGCGACUGUCCUUCUACAGCUGGUACGGCAGCAUCAGGCUCUUCCGCUUCCAAGUCCCCCCGGACACCGUUUUAUUGCAAUGGCUGCUGCAAGCAUCUCGGGGCAGUGGACCCUCGUGCACAGACAUGGAGAUCACCGUGCACUUCCGCUACGGUGCCCCUCCGGUCAUCAACCCCCUGGACACCAGCUUCCCGGACAACACCUUCCUGCCACCUUCCUUCCACAUGAAGAUGCUGCUGAGCGGGGUGCUACGGAACAAUGCCUCUGUCAACGUCUCACACCCGGCACCCGGGGACUGGUUCGUGGCUGCCCACCUGCCCCCUUCAGCCCAGAAGAUCCAGGUGAAGGGCUUCCUCCCCUCCUGUGCGUACGUUUUCCAGCCGGACAUGCUGGUCCUACGGGCAGUGGAGGUCUCUGUGCUGGAGCCUGACGUGCCUCUGCCACAGACCCUCUUUCUCUCACGCCCCAGCUACCUCAAGGUCUUCAUCCCGGAGUACACUCAAGAGGUGUUGCUGGAACUACGGGACUGUAUGUCCAAUGGGAGUCACGCCUGCCCCGUGCGCCUGGCUGUGGGCUCCGUCACCCUGCCCAGCAACUUCCAGAGGGUGCUUAGCUGCUCCAGCCACCCCCAGCCUUGCCGUCUUCGGCUGCGCUCCCUACCCUGGGACCGGUGGCUGCAGGUGACAGUCGAGAGCCUAGUGGGGCCUCAUGUCCUAGUGGCCUUCAGUGCAGUGGCUACCCUCACAGCCUGCAGACCAUGGACUGUGAGUGUCCAGUACCUCCUGCAGGACAGCUCCAACCAGAGCCGCAACACUACUGAUGUCCCCCAGAACCCUGUCCUCGGUGGUGGGCCGGUCAGUUCUGCGUGCCUCAUGAACUAUCCUAUGCUGCGAGAGGACAUGGACGUGUUGGCACUGCGCUUCCGGCCCCUGGACAGGCUCCUGGUGCUUGUGAACCCUGACAUGCCUUCCGUGCUGCGUCUGCAUCUCAACACAGGCAUAGACAGUGGAGGCUCCCUCACCAUCUCCCUGCGCACCAACGAGACCAUGGUCAAGAACGGUACCCAGCUGAUGGCCUGUGUGAACGCCGCCUCCCCCUUCCUCAGCUUUAACACUUCCCACAACUGUACCACAGCCUUCUUUCAGGGCCACCUGCUUACCCUGAAUGCCACCUCCCAGCGGGCCAACCUGAUCGUCCCCUUCCCAGAGACGGACAACUGGUACCUCUCUCUGCAGCUUGUGUGUCCCGACAACCCUGAAGAGUGUGAGCAGACCAAAGUGCGUGUGGAGACCGCCCUGUACCUGGAGCCCUGCAUGGACGACUGUGGGCCGUAUGGUCAGUGCCUCUUGCUCCGCAGACAUGGCUACCUGUAUGCAGGCUGCAGCUGCAAGGCUGGCUGGCGUGGCUGGAGCUGUACAGACAACACCACGGCCCAGACGCUGACUCAGCAGACGGUAGCUGCGCUGUUGCUCACCCUCAGCAACUUGAUGUUCCUGGCCCCCAUCGUCGUCUCUGUCCAGCGCACCUUCCUGGUGGAGGCGUCUGUUUACGCCUACACCAUGUUCUUCUCCACGUUCUAUCACGCCUGUGACCAGCCUGGAGAAGCUGUGUUGUGCAUCCUCAACUAUGACACGCUGCAGUACUGUGACUUCCUGGGCUCUGUGGUGUCCAUCUGGGUCACCAUCCUAUGCAUGGCACGACUGAAGCCGGUCCUGAAAUACGUCCUGUUUCUCCUAGGUACGCUGGUCAUCGCCAUGUCCCUGCAACUGGACCGCAGGGGUGCCUGGAACAUGAUGGGGCCCUGCCUCUUCGCUCUUGUGGUCAUGGUCUCCAUGUGGGUGUACCGCUGCGGGCGGCGUCGCCACUGCUACCCGACUUCCUGGCAGCGCUGGGCCUUCUACUUGCUGCCCGGCAUUUCCAUGGCCACCAUGGCUGUGGCCAUCUAUACCUUCAUGAUGACCAGCGACAACUAUUACUACACCCACAGUCUCUGGCACAUGUUGGUGGCUGGCAGUGCGGCUUUCCUGCUACCGCCCGCCGAAGAGCACACUGAGCCCUGGGCCUGUGCUCAGAGACUCCCCUGCCAUUAUCAGAUAUGCAGAAACGACCGUGAGGAGCUAUAUGCUGUGACGUGA